AUGCAAGAUUAUUUUUGUGAAAAUCCAUUGUACGAUGAUGUCCAGUUUAGGAGUAGGUUUCGUAUCAGGCGUCGUCUUUUCCUAAAAAUUUCUAAUGUUCUUGCGGGCGAAUUCGCUUUUUUCACACAAAGAGAAAGUGCUAGCCGCAAAGUUGGUUUCUCUGGAAUACAAAAGUGUACUGCAGUAAUUAGGCAACUAGCGUACGGCAAAGCGAGUGAUGCGUGGGAUGAAUAUUUAAGGAUGUCGUCCAGAAUGUGUCAGGAUUCUCUUGAAAAUUUUUGUGAAGGUGUUAUCUUUUUGUACGGGAUGCGAUAUUUGAGGAUGCCAACCGCUGUUGACGUUUCACUUUUAUACGAGGCCCAUCAGCGGAUACACGGGUUUCAUGGGAUGUUGGGUAGUCUUGAUUGCACGCACUGGGAUUGGGCGGCAUGUCCAACCGCUUGGAAAGGGCAACACCAUCGUGGUGACCAUGAUGGUCCUACCCUUAUAUUACAAGCGGUCGCGUCUCAAGAUUUAUGGAUUUGGCAUGCGUACUUUGGCAUGGCCGGUGCGAAUAAUGACAUCGCAGUUUUACAAUCUUCGAAUCUUUUCGACGAUGUCAUCGAUGGUGUUGUACCAGAUACUUCAUUUUAUGCAAAUGACGUGGAGUACAAGUAUGGAUACUAUCUCACAGACGGUAUUUAUCCGGAGUGGGCGUCGUUGGUGAAAACUCUUUCGUGUCCAGAUGACAAAAAAGAAUUACUAAGACUGAACAUUGAGGAGCCGCUAGUGGGUGGUGCUAGCCAUGUCGACGCCAAGCUGGCUCAAGAACACCACAACGGUGUGCUGCUAGUGGGGGUGCGAACGAUGGCUCGUGAGCAUGGUAGCGAGAGAGAUACGACCGUUGGGGCAUGGGGAAGGCCAAACUAG